GGCACCAAACGAAUGUUUGUGACGCUAACCCUAUCUUUUCUAUGUAAUGUCUAGGUAACCGACUGUCGAUGCUUCGGACUUCCAGUAGCUGUUUCCGAAUCCUUUUCUCCUCUAAAGAAAUUCUCUCGUAGUGGUCAUUCUUGCUGCCGUCUGGCGCAGCGCUCCGUACCGUCUUUAUGACUACUCCUCACAGGGGGCUGCCACCUCCGCAGGCCAUGGCUCUGCCAUCGCCUACGCAAGCUUCGAGCGGCGUAGGUCAACUUCCUCACCAAUGGCAUGGCUCCGAGGAUAUGUACAAAACUUGGCUACUGGCAAAGUUGGAGGAGGAACGGCGAAAGGCCGAGGAGGAGAAGACGAAGCAGGAGAAGAUCCGAGAAGAGACCAGGAAAAUAGAUCUCGAGAUGCUGCGGGAGUCUUCUAGGUUUUUGAUACCGCCGCCGUUAAUACCAAUCGUGCUGGCUGGGGGGGGGACUCUCAAAGGUGCUGGUGGGGAAUGGUUGAACGACUAUGUUUCGCAGUACAUGGGACAUCUUAUACAACAACAGCAGCAGAUGGUACAACAGCAACCUCAGCAUCACCAACAGCAGGUCCACCAGAUGUCGUCUGCGCAACAGUGCACGCAGGCCCCUGUGCUGCGAAGGGAGGCUCGUUCAAUAGGUCAGCAGGGUGGCGGGCAAGCUCCUCAUCCUCAACAGAUGGGGCCGCCGCCGCAAGCGGGCAUAGUGCCUCCGCAGGCGGCCCAAGCUCAUCCCCCUCCUCCGCUAUCACAGGGCUAUAAUAACCCGGCAUACCCACCACCGCCUGGUGGUCAAAGGAGUGGACCACCACAGCCUCCCCCUCACCCGCCGCCGCCGCCGCCUAUGCAGCAACCCGGGCCUCUCUCUCGUCUGCCAAAACUAGAUACAAAUGAUCAAAGGCAGGCCCCGCACCAGCCGCCGAUGCAUACCGGAAUUCCACCGACCCAAAUGGGUGGACAUCCUGGCCCUCCCAUACAGCAUACCCCACAGUCAUCUCAGCAACCCCCGACUCAACCGGAGACCUCAGUGUCCCAAUCCCCGUCAAUAUUCUUCCAUCAUUGGCAGCCCCCGCCUAGUACUAGCGUCGGAACCUCUACCCCGGUCCAGGCCACAGCCUCACCGCAAGGGCAACUGGGGUCCCCGUUUAAUCGCCAGCCACAGCCCAACCAGAUCACGGGUCCCGAAUACACGAGCUCACCCAAGAAACGAAAGACUUCGACUCAACAAGGCCCUUCCGCUGCUGCUCCCCAGCCAUUCUCACCCAGUUUUCCUGUCACACCAUUACCCACCAGCACACGAACGCGAAGAGGUCACUCAAGGCAUCGCAGUGAUACAGCGGGUUCAGGAACUCGAGGGUAUGAACCCUACCCAAAAACAACACCCCGAGGGCACAGAGGGUCGAUUGGCGAGGGGUCAGCUCAUGGAGGUGGGCCGCCGUCGGGUGGCAAUGGUGGUGGAUCUCAUUACCCACAUGAUCAACACCAACAUGAGCAGCAUCAACAGCAUCAGCACCAGCAUCAGCAUCAGCAGCAUCAGCACCAGCAGCACCAGCAGCACCAGCACCAGCACCAUCAACAGCACCAGCGUCCGCCUUCUGUCCCCCCCCAUCCCCUUCCACAGCAUAGACCAUUUUCGCCCAAGUCGGAAGGCAGGAGAGAGACCUACCAACCUCCUGCUACUUCACAACCACCACCAUCUGAGGGAGGGGAAGGGGAUAAUCGGAGCAAAAGUAGAAAUAGCAAUGGGCGAGAUUGA